CUCGAUGAAAAGGGGGAGGCGCAAGCCACAACUACUGCUGGUGAGGAAGACGCACAGCAAAAGGUCUCCCAAAUUCUCUCAUGGAAGCUGAACAAGAAAAAGAAAGAAAAGGCGCAGAUUGAACAGAAUCGCAUCAAUUUCUUGAGCAAGUUUUUUGGGUUUGAGGAAGACAAGCCACUCACUGCUAGCGCUGCUCUCAUGGAGAAAUUUUGCGAGCAAAAAGCUACUUCUGCAGACGCCAAGCCAUCUGAAGAAGACGAGACUCGUGCGAUGCGUAUGAUGCGAGAUCUAGUGGAAGAAAAGCGAGACCAUGAUGUAGACAAGCCAGACCCAUUGUCUGAAAUGCGACGUAAGAGGCACGUCGAGCAACAAGUCGCGCGUAUCAAAGAGCUGCAGCUUCAAGCUGCUUCUACUGCCUCUGAGGCAGCAGGUGAUAGUAGUACCCAAGAGGCAGAUCAUCAGACAGACAAAGACAUCAAGCGAGCCGCCACCUUGAAUCACCGUGGUCUUCACCGUCAACAACAUGUUGGCUUUAGUCACCAUCUUGAUUCGACUUCGAAUUGGCGUUUCCGAAAAUACUGCAGCAACUUCUUUGGAAAUCAUCCUGGUGUCGUUGAAAACAUCAAGAGCCCAAGUUUGAAUGCCGAGAAUGCCGGGCCUUUUU